AUGUAUCUAUGCCUGGUCUGUCGUGGAACCAAUUAUAUUUUCACCGAGGGGCUCUUUUUGUGCCUCAUCUCCGAUAAAUUCCCACCACUCUUUCGUGCCGGCGGAAAUACUGCUACAGUUGAGCGGAUUCUUGAAUUCCAAGAGAUUGAUGUCAAUGACCGAUGCUCGGACGGAUUUUCUGCCAUAGUGUACGCGCUGAAGCAUCGUAACCCUCGAGCUGUCAAUAACGAAGACAAUCUCGGGUGGACGCCAUUGCAACUUGCGGUUCUUGAAGGGGAUCAUAUCGCCACCCAGAUGCUGGUACGACACGCAGGAAUCAUUAAUCAUCAGAGCUCUAACGAUGAUGCGUCUCUCCUUUUCGCUGUGAAAAAGCUCAAUCACCAGCAAUCUAUCCUCAUCGUCGAUGCUCUUCUCCUACAUCCGGAACUUGAUGUGAAUGUAUUCGAAUCCCAAGGGCGUACAGCCUUGUGGCACGCUGUUAAUCGUGGUCACCAUGAUCUCGUGAAAUUACUUCUCAGCCAAAGGUAUUUGAGAUUGAACGACGCUGAUAGAUAUGGGGUGACGCCAUUGGCCCGAGCUGCUGAAAAGCACGUUUUCCAGAUUCUUGAACUGUUAUUGAAACAGCCGGAAAUCCUCAUAAACCCGUGGACUAGACAGGUAAUGCCUCUGCUUUGGUCUGCAUGCCGCGCCGGCAACUUUCACGCGGUGGAGGCUCUCCUUCGUCUGAGGUCAAUCAAAAUCAACCAACAAAGCCCUACUGGAACUACCCCGCUCCAAGUAGCUGUUAUCCUGAAUCGUCCCCCAGUAGUCUCUCUUCUUCUUCGACAAGGAACCAUGGUUGAUAUCAAUGCCCCUGGUCCUCAAGAAUGGACUGCCAUUUUCUUUGCCGUAUCCAAUGGGUAUUUCUGGCUGACCAAAUCAUUGCUGAAACAUCCUGAUAUUAAUAUCAAUAUAUUAAAUGACCGCAGGCGGACACUGCUUUGGUGGGCAGAGCAUGGCGGGCGUUCAAAAGUUGUAUAUCUGUUGCGCAGGCACGGUCGACUGAAGAGGCAGAAGCGUUUUUUUGCGGUGAGGUGGGUCUAA